AUGAAUCAACAAACGAUACGCAUGAAAAGAAGCGCCGAUUGGCAAGGGCAAAGGGGAAUGAGAAAGGCCGGCGAGCAUUUCGAUCGAGCAAAGACAGCCCUUCGAGUGAACCCACAAGCAGCUCUUCCUCAAACUCACCAACAAAUGACACCGCCUCUAACACCGCAGACUUCCCAAGACUCUACGACAUCCGAAGGACGGUUUCCUAACUAUCUUCGAGCUUUCCACUCCUAUUAUCCAACAUCGCCCGCCGAAUCUUCGACCAUUACCUUACCAUUGAAUAUUGGAGACGUUAUUUUAGUACACUCUGUUCAUGUAAAUGGUUGGGCCGAUGGCACGUUAUUGACUUCUGGAGCCCGAGGUUGGCUACCCACCAACUACUGCGAGACAUACGAACAUGAACCCAUCCGGAAUCUGUUGCAUGCGUUAAUGCGCUUCUGGGACUUUAUUCGCGAUGGUCAUGUUGCGAGUCUGCGGAAUUUCAGUGAUCAUACGUCCAUGCGAGGGAUCAUUGCGGGGGUCCGGUACUUACUGGAAACGACGAGUUGCCUCAACAGAGAUUCGCCCUUGGUAGUUCAGCAUGAAUGUCUCCGCCGAAAUCGAAAGGCGCUCUUAGCGCACUUAUCUUCUCUCGUAAAAUGCGCGAAGAAAGUCGAGGAGUCUAUCACAGAUGCCGCGCCCGCCGAGAAUGUUGGCGCUACACUGGACGAAAUGGUCUUGAAAGCUUUCAAAGUUGUGACACGGUCCAUUAAGUUUCUCGAUAUGUGGUACGAAGAGACCGGCAUGGAGGAUGGAGUUUAUGAGGAGCUUGUGAAUUGGGAAAAUGACAACCCACCGACGCCGCCGCAAGAUCAAAUCGAGUACGGCAUUGCCAGCGGACCUCAGCUUGUUAGUUCCCACAGCUAUGUGAGAGCUGCCAUGGGUAGCGACAUCUCUCGCUGCAACUCGUCGGCUAGGCUUGUGCCAGAUAGUCGGCCCAAAAUAAAGCGAAGCAAGGGCUCCAGCGCUCAGACCCCCAAAGCAGCGCCCAGACUAUUUCCCCAGUCCUCUCAUCCUGGAAAGUCUUCAAGCAAACGGCCGGCAGUCUCGCAUCGUCUGUCAUACCGACACAAAGACUCUGGUGGUUCAAAUCGCGACCUUGCCUGCACUCGGCUCAGUUCCGCUCAUGACGCAUUUCUCGGAUACUUGGGUUGGUUCAUUGGACUACACCUUCAGUCUCGAUCUCCUUCUGAACUUCUCUCGACCACCAUUCAAGCUGCGGAUUCGUGCCAGACACUGUUGACGGUGGUGGACGCUGUAUGGGACCGUGAUCUGCGGCGCUCGGUUGCCUUGAAACUCGCUAGAGACACCAUGUUUGCGCGAAUGUAUGAUCUGAUUGAAGCAGCAAAGCAUAUUUUUCGGCCUACAGAUCCCGAUUCCCACGAGGGUGUUUUGAUAGUUGGCGAUGGCGAACAGCUGGUUACGGCGGCGACCAUGUGCGUCAAGAGUGCAGGCGAUUGUGUGGGAAAGGCGCGGUUCGUUAUUGAGAGAAUUGGAGACUUUGAGUUUGAGUCGAACUCUACACUUGAUGUAUCUCUAUCUGGUUCUGAAAAGUCUGACUCUCCAAUCGGAUCAGUGCAGGUGUUUGGUCAGACAACACCUGUGCAAGCCAACAGAGACUUGUUGGAUGCAGUGCGGGAUGCAGAUGCGACUCCAACUCCUCGACAUCCAGAUCCUGUCAGGGAUUAUUAUUUUGCCCGACAAGAGAAAGCACUUAUCCGGAAACCUGUUGCCAAUGAUCGAUCUCCAGGUGCUACCGUGACUGAAGCAUCUGCGAGUUCUCUGGUUGAGUCAUUCCCUCUUCCUUCUUUUGAUAGGCCACAUCCGUCAACACUUGUGCAUGGAAAUUGUGCAGGGUCCAAAGUCAAUGGAGGCGAAUCCACAGAGAAAUCGAAAUUAGAAACUUGUGCCGAUGCAAGUAUCUCUGACCAAAGCAUCUGUGCAAAGGAAAGCGAGAGCAAGACUGAAGGAGAUACAGCGCUAUCACAGACUAGCACUAGAGUCACAACACCUGAACGCGGAUCAGAACAGCACGUAAUCAUUCCUUGCACAAGCUUCACUAGCGACCUGUCCGAUAGCCAAACCACCUUGGCCGAGGAAUGUGAAGACGCCGAGGCCAAAGUCUUGGAGAAGACAUAUGCGCACGAGCUCACUUAUAGCAAGGAUGGCCAUGUUACAGGGGGCUCGUUGCCUGCACUCAUUGAAAGAUUAACGACCCACGAGUCCACACCUGACUUUACCUUUAUCUCUACGUUUGUCCUUACCUUCCGUCUUUUCACCACACCUACUCUGUUUGCCAAAGCCUUGAUUGACAGAUAUGACUACAUUUCUGAAAGUCCUCAAGCUGCAGAACCCGUGCGGUUUCGAAUCUAUCAAGUAUUUAAAUACUGGCUUGAAAACCAAUGGCGCCAUGAUUGCGAUAGCGAAGCCCUCGAUUUGAUCUUGCGUUUUGCAUCCGAAAAGUUGGAAACUAGUAUUCCUUCGGCGGGAAAGCGACUUGGUGAGCUGGCGAAUAAAGUCUCCAUGGAAUCAGAUGCUGCCUUGAAUGGAAGUAUGGAGUUUACGGCCGAAAAGUCUACACAGUCGAGCCGCCCAUCUUCUUCAAGUGAAACCGUGCCGGCGCCACCCCCUGCGGUAUCAAAGAGUCAAUUGUCGGUCCUUCGAAACUGGAAAGCCGGUACCGGAACUGCAAGCAUUAUUGACUUUGAUUGCCUGGAGGUUGCUCGACAGCUUACGCUCAAGGAAUCCAAAGUCUUCUGCGCCAUUCAGCCAGCCGAGCUUCUUGGAACCGAAUGGACAAAGCGCCGUGGGUCAAUGGCGGUCAAUGUCCGAGCAAUGUCGACCCUCUCAACUGAUUUAGCCAACCUUGUCGCCGACACCAUUCUCCAAUUGGGCGAACCCAAGAAGCGAGCUGCUGUCGUCAAGCAAUGGAUCAAGAUUGCAAAAGAGUGCCUCAACCUCCAGAACUACGAUUCCUUGAUGGCAAUCAUCUGUUCUCUCAACUCGUCCACUAUCCUCCGCCUCAAACGUACCUGGGAACUGGUCUCUCAGAAGAAAAAGGCCGCUCUGGACGAGUUGAAAAAGGUAGUCGACGUUUCCAAAAACUACGCCGUCCUCCGGCAGAGACUGAGCAACCACAUCCCACCAUGCAUCCCCUUUGUCGGCACAUACUUGACGGAUCUGACCUUCAACGACGUUGGCAACCAAACCACCCGCCAACUCCCCGGUGAUUCCGGAUCAGAGGGCGCCACCGUCAUCAAUUUCGACAAGCACCUCCGCACAGCCCGCAUCAUUGGCGAUCUCCAGCGGUUCCAGGCGCCGUACAACCUCAUGCCUGUUCCGGAACUGCAGGACUGGAUCGAAGGCGAGAUUCAGCGAGUCCGCGCCUCUGACGGAGCAAACGUCCAGAGCUACUAUCGUCGAUCUCUACUCCUCGAACCUCGCGACCUCCCCAACACCCAAAAGAAUAACCCGCCUCCGGCCCCACUAGCUGCGCUGACCGGCCACAAGGAAACUGCUCCAUUCUGGCGAGGUCUUGGCUUCAAGGACAAAUUCGCCGUUUAA